ACCGGAUUCCGAGCAUGACACCAAGAAGCAAGUUUAUCAAGAAAGCCUUCAACUUCGCAAGCUAAUUUCCUACUGCCUACCAGCGGCAUCUCAUCAAAAUGUCGAUCAUCAGGCGGAGCAACAUCUUCGAUCCCUUCUCCCUCGACGUCUGGGAUCCUUUCCAAGGCUUCCCCUUCGACGCCUUCCGCUCCCUUUCCGAGUCUCGCCCCAACUUCGUGAGCGAGACCUCCGCCUUCGCCAACACCCGCAUCGACUGGAAGGAAACUCCGGAGGCUCAUGUCUUCAAGGCUGACCUCCCGGGAGUGAAGAAAGAGGAGGUGAAGGUGGAGGUGGAGGAGGACAGAGUCCUCCAGAUCAGCGGCGAGCGCAGCAAGGAGAAGGAGGAGAAGAACGAUAAGUGGCACCGUGUGGAGAGGAGCAGCGGCAAAUUCCUGCGGCGGUUCCGGCUGCCGGAGAAUGCCAAGGUGGAUCAGGUGAAGGCGUCUAUGGAAAAUGGGGUGCUCACCGUGACCGUGCCCAAAGAAGAGGUUAAGAAGCCCGAGGUGAAACCCAUUGAGGUCUCUGGCUGAAUUCAUGCCAGUACCAGCCUAAAGUCUAUUACGAAAAGGUGAUCCUUGGUGUGGUACCGUAUCAGUGUGUCGUUGUUCCGGUCUUUGUUUGUUGGUGCGUGUCUUGCCGUGUUUUGAACUUUGUGUGAGUUUGGUGUGAGUUGUUUGCCUUUUCCAAUAAAAUAAAUUGGGUGUGUCUAGAUUGAAUUGCAUCUUGUCUUCUUAUUUUCUUUAAUCAAUGGCUUGACUGAGGUGCA